AUGGCCUGGCUGGCUGACUGGCUGUCCCACUGGGCUCUGCCUUCGGCGGAGGCUCAGCGGCUGCCGGUGCUCCGUGUGCAGCUCCGCUCUGCGCCGCCUCUUUGGGGCACUGACAAGGCUUCUGACCUGAAACCGGGGACCUCCUUCUCCUGGAACUUGGCCUCGCUUCCCUCUGGUCCUGGCUCAGCCGGAAGGGGAGAGAUCCUCCUGCCCUCCCCCGUGAGGCUCGCACAACAGGCUACCAGGAUCACAGAGAAGAGGUCUCCCCUGCAGCCAGCUCACGGCGGGUCAGGUGCGGCUGAUCUGUGGGUAGAUGAGGGCUGGGCGCCCGUGAACUUGCUCCUGCGGAUGAGCGCCUCAUUCACGUUCACCUUCCUCGUGUUCUUCCUGCCAGUGAGGGGAUCCAAAUGUCCCGGGUCCAGCGCCGCGUUAAGCAGGCUUCAGACCAAACAGGACCCCGUCCCGAGCCUCUGCUCCGUGGUUUACUACUUCACCACAGGACAGCUCCUCUGGGCGUGGCUGGCCCUUUCUGUGCUACUGCCUGGCUUCUUGGUCCAGGGCCUGAGCUAUCUAUGGUUCCGAGCAGACGGACAUCAAAGUCAUUGCCUCUUGGUCAUGCUACACCUCCUUCAGCUCGGCGUGUGGAAGCGGCACUGGGACGCUGCGUCCACUGCUCUGCGGACGGAGCAGGACGUCUCCUGCCAAGGCCAGCUGCUGCUGCAGGAGGCUGACCUGUCGGCCCUCCGCCUCCUGGAAGCCCUCCUGCAGACGGGGCCCCACCUGCUGCUUCAAACGCACGUUUUCCUCACCUCGGACUUCGCAGACGUUGUGCCAGGCAUGAGCGCCCUGUGCUCCUGGUCCGCGCUGUCCUGGGCCCUGGUGUGCCAGGCCCACUGCCUGGGCUCGGCGAGGCCGGGCCGCGCCGGCGCCCGGUGGGCCGCCCUGCUCUGCCAGCAGCUCUGGAGGAUGGGCAUGCUGGGGGCCCGCGUCCUGAGUCUGGUCCUCUUCUUCGGGGCCCACCGCAUCUGGGCUCUGGUGUUUGGAGGUGCCCACUGGCUGGUGAUGACCUUCUGGCUUGUGGCACAGCCGAGUGACAUCAUCGACAGCACCUGCCAUUGGAGGCUGUUCAACCUGCUCGUGGGGGCCGUGUACAUCCUCUGCUACCUCAACGUCUGGGACGGGCCUUCCAGAAAUCGGAUGGCCGUGUUCUACAUGAUUAUGCUGCUGGAGAACAUCAUCCUUUUGCUGUUGGCCACUGACUUUCUCCAGGCGGCCUCCCGGACCAGCCUGUGGACCGUCGCUGGAGUCUUGUCUGGAUUUCUGAUUGGGAGCCUCUCUCUGGUGACCUACUACAGCCUGCUGCACCCUAAGUCCGCAGCCAUCUGGCGGGGCGCAGCGAGGAAGGCCCACGGCCUCGCAGCCCGUGAUAAAGCGGACAGAGAGCCUCCUCCCUGGGCCUCGGCCGCAGCGGGAGAGGGGCCAGGGAGCCCGGGCGCACGCCCGCAGGAAGGUUAUGAGCUAACAGGUCCCGGUAGGGCCCCGAGCCCUCAGGGGGGACCCCCAGAGGCUGGGCUGGAAAGCCAGGGUGCUCUGGAAGAUUCUUUCCUCAGUCACCAUCACUGGCUGUUGGUGAAACUUGCCCUCAAAACAGGAAAUGUGUCCAAGAUCAACGCAGCCUUUGGACAAGCCGGUCCUGGCUUCUUAGGUCACUACAGCCAGCCGAGGACACCCCGGGUUUCCCAGCUGGGGCUCCCGCUGUCACCCCGCGACCCACUCCCCUCAGACAAAGGCUGUGAGUUUCCAGUUGUCUGGAAAGCAGAGGCCGACCUGCUGGGAACCUCAAGCUACGUCUCUGUGGCUGGCGACAGUCCCGACGAGGCUCCCGGCCGGCAGCGGUCAGCUGCACCGAGGGCGGGCAGCCCCACGGAAAGAGCCGCGGCCGUGUCUCCAUUGCAGGGCAGGGGUGCGGGUGGCUGGGGAGGAGGGGGAGGACAGGAGAGCGCCACACUGUACUUCAGUGCCAUGGCCGAGGAGGCCACGUCCCCACAGCGGGACGUGCAGAGGCCGCCGUGUGGGAGGAGGGCGGAGCGCUCCCCUUGGCCGGCCACCCGGCCCUUCCCUGCCACCAUGGCCAACAUCAGCCUGAUCCUGGGCCUGGGCCGCUCCGGGAGCUUCCACUCCAGCACAGGUUUGGCCGGCAGAGCCCUGGGCAGCCCAGAGCGUGGGGGGCUGCAGGAGUCCCCGGGGGACCCACACCUCCCCGCCGCUGCCGGGACACGGCUGGCGUUGUGGGAGGUGAGCCCGGGGCCCGCGGACGAGCCUUGGCUCACGUCCACCCCCAAGUGUGAGCCUGCCCGUGGGGACUGCGGCGGGGGCGCCCGGCCGAGGGCCGCGCCGAGUGUCUCCAUGUGACCGAGGUCCGGCGGGCAGGGCAACAGGCCGGCAUGUCCCCCUGGAGAUUUGAGAUUUGUCCCAGUUCAGACACCUGCGCCCUGGUGCAUCCCCCUCCGGACCUGCUUGCACAACUGAAACACACGGGGGCGCGGGGCCGACGAUGUCCACGCUCCCCGGGGACACCGCGUGCACACCUGUGCACGGAACACUCUCCGGUCACCUGUGGGAGCCAGGGAAGGGGCUUCCGUCAAGAUCGCCUGCCUCCUCUUACCAACGACACGAUCCCGACUUCUACAUUGAAUCGAGUCUUACGUUUAUUGGUAUGGCUUCCAGGAAACGCAAAAGUAAAGGCCAGAGUUCCGUUUUAUUCUGA